AUGGAAGACAGCAACAAAACCUCUGUGACAGAAUUCAUCCUUGUGGCUUUCUCCCAGUUCCAUCAGUAUCAGAUUUUACUUUUUACUCUUAUCCUAUUCACGUACAUUUUUUGUAUUGCUGGAAAUAUGACUAUCAUUCUGCUGGUCGUAGUGAACCAGUCUCUCCAUGUGCCCAUGUAUUAUUUUAUUAGCCUAUUUUCUGCUGAAGAAAUCAUGUUUGUAUCUGUUCCAAUUCCAAAGCUAUUAGACAUUCUAACGGCAGGUGAUAAGAAAAUAUCCUUCGUAGGAUGCUUUGUGCAAUUAUAUUCAUUUAUUACGUUGGGACAAGUGGAAAGUAUUUGUAUUAUCAUGAUGGCCUACGAUAGGCACUUGGCCAUUAACAAGCCAUUGCACUAUAUGGUUAUUAUGAAUCGAACCCUCUGCAUACGACUCACCAUUCUACAAUGGUUUAUUGGCUUGUUUAAUUCUUUAAUUGUCACACUGUUUACAGUGUUUUUGGAUUUUUGUGGCCCCAAUGAGAUCAACCAUUUCUUCUGUGACUUGGGUCCAUUGCAGAGUCUGGCAUGUUCAGAUACAUAUAUCACCAAUACAAUGACAACCACAGCAGCCGCCACAGGAACCACUGUCCCAUUUAUGAUAAUUAUUGGGCUCUAUAUCAAAAUCAUUAUGACUGUUUCCAAGAUAAAGAGUUCUUCAGGGAAACAGAAAGCGUUCUCCACGUGUUCAUCUCAUCUUAUAGUCACCAUGUUAUUUUUCUUCACAGCCUUUCUUAUUUACCUCAGGCCUAAUGGCAGCAAAUACGACAAAUUUUAUUCUCUACUGUACACUGUUGUCACUCCAGUGUUCAACCCUUUCAUAUAUGCGCUAAGAAAUAGGGAUGUGAAAAAGGUUCUAAGAAAUGUCUUUGUGAAGUUUUUAUCACAAACUGGUGCUAACAUCGGUGCUAUUACGAGGUUGAAGGUAUUGACUCACCAUGAAAAUCCAAUUUUAAAACCAAGAUGGCCAUAA